AUGAGUACUGACGUCAGCGGCAUGCACGGGCACGCCGCCGAGUUGGAUGCUGGACCCGACGCUGGCGCUCGUGUUUGCUGGAGUCCACAUCCUGUUAACCCGGACUCGCCUGCGGAGCUACCUCCCCACCCGCCCCAAUCUCUCCCUCGAGCUGGCCCUCAGCCCCCUCGACGCCAUCGGACGUAUGCUCCUCCUCACGCGGCCUAUUCUCGCUCUCCUGCGCCCACCGCCCGAGGGUUUCUUCGCCCAUUUGCCGCCGACGCCCAGUACGCUCGUGCUGGUCCCGUUCAUUCUCGCCGCCCCCGGAGGUGCCGUGGCCUUCUCGGGCCUGAACAUGUUUGGCACGCUGUGCGUCCAGACGCCGGCGGAACUGCAGCCGUGGGGCUGGACGGCGGCCGAUGCGUGGCUGCCUGUAGUCGUGCCGGUGCUCUUCCUCUCCCUCAUGGGGCCCGUGAAGGGCUGGCCGGCGGGAAUGGGACUGAGCGAGGACGCGGCGAGUGUGCUGUGUGCGGUGUUUAUCUGGGUGUGCUUCGUGGGCAGGGCGGUAGUGAGCAUGAGGCCGCCGAAGAUGAAGACGGCAUAAAAUGA